GUCAGGGGAGGUCACUGUAAUAUUAUUUCCAAAGAUGACAGGUUGUUGUCAGAUCAUGUGACGAAUAUCAGACAAUGAAUUGAAUUUUUGAUUCGCAAGGAUUGACUUGGCCAAUCAUCCUCAUUCCUUACAUCUUGAUAAUUAAGCCAUUGCUAUGGCAACCAUUAAUGACAUCACCGAUCUAGGGGAUGUUUCAGAAGUCGCUAGCUACGGUAGUAUAGUGGAAGACUCUGAGGGGAAAGAUACAGAGUCCAAGCAGAGACGAUCCUUUAGCACACCCGUCGUUAUAGGAAGUGAUCAACAUGAUACUACAACUUCCUAUUUUAAUCAAAAAGUAGUGGUGCCCAAAUCAUCAGGGGAGUUGUUCAGUUUUCGAAAGCUCUGGGCAUUUACCGGCCCCGGCUUUCUGAUGAGCAUUGCCUACCUCGAUCCUGGAAAUAUCGAGUCUGAUCUCCAGGCGGGUUCAGUUGCUGGAUUUAGACUGCUAUGGGUACUCAUGUCAGCCACGAUCCUGGGCCUGCUCAUGCAGCGUCUGUCGGCCAGACUUGGCGUUGUCACAGGAAUGCACCUGGCUGAAGUGUGUUACACACAGUAUCCCAAGGUCCCACGCCUCGUCCUCUGGAUCAUGGUGGAAAUAGCAAUCAUAGGGUCUGAUAUGCAGGAGGUAAUUGGAACAGCUAUAGCGUUCUAUCUUCUGUCUGAUGGAAAAAUACCACUGUACGCAGGAGUAAUCAUUACCAUUGCUGACACCUUCACAUUUUUAUUGCUUGACAAAUAUGGGCUACGGAAGCUGGAGGCUUUCUUUGGUUUCCUCAUCGUAUCAAUGGCCAUCACAUUUGGUUACCAGUAUGUGAUCGUGAGGCCUGACCAAGGGGAUGUUUUGCAAGGACUAUUUAUACCCUACUGUGACGGAUGUGGAUCAAAACAGAUCCUUCAAGCUGUUGGCAUCAUAGGGGCCAUCAUCAUGCCUCAUAACAUUUAUCUACACUCGGCUCUUGUCAAGUCGCGGGAAGUGGACAGAACUGAGAAGCAGGAAGUGAAGGAGGCAAAUAAAUAUUUUUUCAUCGAGGCGGCCAUUGCACUCUUUGUGUCAUUUCUCAUCAACUUGUUUGUGACAUCUGUAUUUGCCGAGGGAUUUAAUAUCAAGAAUGUUACAGAGGUCCAUUCCAACUGUUUGAAGAAUGACAACCCACAUGCUGAUAUUUUCAAUAGCUCAUCACUUGAGGUGGACAUCUACAGAGGUGGCGUGUUCUUAGGGUGUCAGUUUGGGCUGGCUGCCAUGUAUAUAUGGGCUGUAGGAAUUCUAGCUGCUGGACAAAGUUCUACAAUGACCGGCACGUACACCGGUCAGUUUGUGAUGGAGGGAUUCUUGAAUUUAAAAUGGAAGCGUUGGCAGAGGGUUUUGCUGACACGGAGCAUUGCAAUUUUCCCCACAAUUUUCGUGGCUAUAUUCUCCGGUAUCAGCGACAUGACGCGAAUGAACGACUUGCUAAAUGUUUUGAUGAGUCUACAACUUCCCUUCGCCCUCAUUCCGAUCCUGUCCUUUACCAGUGCCACCUAUCUAAUGGGCGACUUUGUCAACGGAAUAGCCAUGAGAAUCAUCGCCAGCCUCCUGACACUGGUCGUCUUAGUGAUCAACAUCUACUUCGUGGUGGUGUAUGUCCAGGAACUGCCUCAUCAUUGGUUGAUCAUCCUCGCCGCAACCGUCAUCGUAUUUCUCUAUCUACUUUUCGUCCUUUAUCUGUCUUGGUUCUGUUUGGUUCUAAUGGGAUGUGACUUUUUACUGAAGAUUCCGCUGACACGCCCACUGGUUGAUCUGUCUAUGUGUAACCCAUACACCCUCUCUGGCGACGCCCUCUCAACUGGCCGACUGUAACCUCAGACGCAAUUAAUUACUGGCAUUAAUUACUGGCAUCUUUUAUUCUACUGAUCAGCUGAUCAACACUGCGGGGCAUGUUUUAGUUAUCGUUUUGACACUACAAGGUGUCAGAAUCUUUUCCUUCUUCAUGGUAUAAUUUCAGUCAGCUAUCAUUGCUUGGCCAAGCGACACAUCAACUUUGGUCGAGUUCAUGUUGAACUAUUAAGGAUCAGGUUUUAUUUUUUUGACAUUUGAUAUUUUUAUAUAUAUUGUAUAUUCAAGUUGUGUCAUGUUUUUUUCAGUUAUUUCAUAAAAAUACUGGAUUAAAUUGUUAUUUAAUAUUUAUCCAAAUCUUGCAAUCUUAACACCCCCUUACACCGAACAUUUUGAUAUAUUUUCACUUAUAUGAAAUGUUUGUAUCAGCGUAUUAUGUAAAGAUAGAUAUUUUGACAGAGAUUAAUUUUGUAGAAACCAUUUUUUAGAAAUAUUAUAGAAUAUAGGGGUAGAUGUUGAUUUAGUGUUGUUUUGACAGCGAAGGUCAUAUAGUAUUAUGAUGGAAAAGUGAUCUGAUAAGGGUAUCUGCAUUAAUAUUUGAUUUAAGAUUUACUAAUCAAGGUUAUAUGGCAUUGUUUUUAUACAGAUGGGGUGAUGUUUAAACUAAUUGAUACCAUAAUCAUUUAAAAAAAAAAAAAAAAAUGAUCAAUAACUUCAUAACUGUAUUUAUUUGGCAAUAAAUAAGCCCAACCGUAUCUAUUGCAGAUCAAUAAAAUUGCAAACAAAAGGUAUUCCAAUGUCCUGUAAUAAUUCCAACCCCUACUUUGAGUGAGGGGUUAUGCUUUGGCACCCUGGGUUUAUUGCAGAAUAAAUAUGGUAUGGUAAUGGAGCUAUCUUUUAUUUUGUCUAAAUCAUUACAGUAUAAAUUUGUUAUUUGUAUGAAGUUACACCUGUGCAUACUUUAUAUUCCAUCCUAGGUGAUGGUGUAAAACUGUAUAAUAAGAAUGUUUUCUGGAUAUUUAUGUAUAUAUAUGUAUAUAUAUGAACUUGUGAUAUGGUCAAUUAAACUUUGUUACAAGAUUAAUGUAUGUUACUUAUCUCAGGAUUUUUUUUUUGAAGAAUGCGGAAAUAUGAAGGAACCCAAGUUUAUCUAGACAUGUAUUUGUCUUUUUGCACUGAUACAUAUUUUUUUCGUAUUUACGUUACAUUUGGUACAUAAUAGAGGUAUGUCGGGUAAUUGUUAUCGCAUGAUAUUGAUGCCACUUUUGCACAGUAAGUACGGGUACGGCAGUAACAUACAGGUUGCUUGGAAAUUCGAUCAAUUUUCGAAGACUGUCUUUUGUUUGCUUGAAAGAACUUCACUUGUUCUUUCACAUGAUAUUUGUUAUGAGUAUUAAUUGUUGAACAAUUUUCUUCAAGUUUGGAUGUCUUCCGUUACAUUUGUAGUCUUUGUAAUUGGACAGAUCAGAAGCCGGGGAAACCUUAAAACACAAAAAAAAAUCAACCUUAAACUGCAAUGAUGUUAAUUUGUGAAAAGAUAUUGUUGUUUUUUUGCAUGCAUGUAAAACACUCCCUUAGUCGUUAUAUGUAUACUGUAUAUAGCUUUUUGUAAGAGUUACUUCCCUUUACCACAUGACUUGCCGAUUGCUAGUUGCGAUGUCACACCGCCCCUUUAUUAUGUAUCCUUUGUGCGGGUGCAAUAUCAGCUCAUGCUGCUUGGCCAGAUUUACCUUAGGGGUCUUACGGGCGAUAGAGAAAUCUUGAACGACAAACACUGAAAAUACUGUAUGAUAAACUGUUUAUCAUCUUUAUACUAGCUACUACCUUAUACAUUUCUCCAUUUAAAUAUGUCAACUAAACACUAUGUUUUCUAAGCUCAAUUAUUUUUUUAUGGUCAACGAUCGCAAUGCCUCGGUCCGUGACGACCAAAUAAAAGAUUUCCGCGGAGGAAUACAAUGAACCUCAAAACUAUGUACAAAAAAUAUAUUUUUUAUUCUAUCCUAUCGUCAUUUGCUUUUCCAUAUGCACAUUUACGCUUGAAAUGGUGUUAUUAUCUUUAUACUAUUUUUUUGUAUCUUGAUAUUGACUUGUUUAUGACAGACUUUAUGACAGUCUUACACAGAUCACUUUUGUGUUUAUAUCACUUCCGGUUUAAAACGUCACCUUGCAAGACAUUCUUUUUUGAAAAAAUACAUUUCCAAAUGCCGGGAAAUAGGAAAAUCUGUUCUCAAGUUCUUCUCAAUUUCUUCUGAAGUCGUUCUCAACUUCUUCUGGGGUAUUUUCAUACUGACAAUCCAUGAUAAUGUAUUUAUCAUGCUACCAGUAGGUGGUAUAAAGUGGUAUAUAGAGGAUAUUAAAUACAUUGUAUCUGCCGAAAAUGUUUCAUGGCAGAUUUACUUUUAGUUCAAUAAACCUGAUGUGGAACAAUUUUGAUGGUGGAUGUAGUUUAACUAACAAAUCCAAGCAGACGACUUCAAGAAAUUAUGAAAUUGAAAUGGAAAACCCCCCCGAAAUUUUACAAUAAGCAUUUUGUUGAGUUAAAUCAUUGAAAUCCCUUGAGGCACCCUUAUGUAUAAGAGUAGGUACCUAUUUAGGUUAAAUACGGUAACAAAAUGCUGCUAUAAACAGUCUUUAAUUGUUUUUAACCCUAUAUUCUUCGUUUGAUUUUAUUUCAGUGUGUUCAGUCUUUAUUUUCCCAAUUGGAUUAAAAAACAUGUUUAUACAUUCAAAGUAUUACCAUCAAUGAAGAAGCAUUCAAAAAGCAUAAAUAACGAAAACUUGAAAUUGAAGAAACAAAAAACACUGAAAAUUGAUGUGUUUAUUUAUUGCUAUACAUUUUACUGUAAGAAACAGGUAGAGGAAAACGUUUUGCUAAUCACAUAGCAGGUUUUAUUUUUUCCAAACUUUUGAUACUUUCCAGAACCUGUAGAUAUAUGGGAACACUUAUGAUUUUUUUUCCAGUUUUUGCCAAAUGCAGAUGAUAUUUACCGAAUUCCUGCUUAGGGACCCUUUCCCAAAAUAGCUGUCAAAAACUCUGUUAUCGUUGGAUUUUAUGUUUUAUUGUGUGAUCCUGUGUUUAUCGUUUUAUCUUAUUUCAGUGCGUGACCUGCCUGUCCCCCCUUUAUACUUUAACUCAUUCCAACAUAGAGUUGGCCGAGAGCACAGAACUGAAUUAUGACAACCCAUCACC